AAAAAAUAAAGGGAUGCUUUAUUUUCUGUCACCCGGGUGUCUAGUUAUGCCCAAGCAAGUUUCUGCGGGGUUCAGGUAGGGAUAGUGGGAAUCGGCUGUCAUAUCGCUUGUGUUGGAGCUCGGCUGGGUGGGUGUUCCGGGCGGAAACCCUUGGGUGUAAUGUCUAGCAGGCCAAGCAAUGAUGGUCGUUUCUGCACUCCUCAGAAUUUCCUUUCAUCUUCCACUUGCUUCUCCUCGACCUCAUUGUGUCUCUCUCUCUGGUUUUCCCCCCUUUCAGCCUUUCAGGUCCUGCAGAACUUUGACUUCCAACUGAGAUGCACACGAAAAUGCCUUCCAGCCAGCUGGAUGGCCCGUUUGUUACCAAGUACCGUACGCGAACGUUCUUAGGCUUUGUACUGAUAGGUCUUGCAAACACCAUCCUCGCACGCGUUAGCCAUGCAGCAAACUAUCUCAUCAUCCCAUACCCAAAGGCCAUCGUCCUCCUGCUCGAGCUUCUUCCGUCUUGUCUAGCCAAACUAUUGCUACCGUCAGUCUUCGGCUACAUCCCUCAAAAUUUACGCCUUGUCCUGUUGGCUGGAUUAUGGUUACUAGUCAAGUUUGUCGUCUCCGCUACGCCCCCGAACGUACUGCCUCCUGUGCGCGUUCUGAUGACACUGUUGGCUGCCUCCUCCUCGGCUGCUACUGAGCUUUGUUGCUUGGACUUGGUUCGACGUUAUGGUCGCCUCGGGCUCAUUGCCUGGGCUGCCGGCACUAGCCUUGGCCAAAUGGCAAAUGCUACAUGGCCUUUAGUGCUGACGUCGUCCAUGGGAAUGACACUGAGGGAGGGGACUGGAUACAUGUACCCAUUGGUUUUCACGAUUCUGCUUGCCUACUUCGUCGUAUUGCCAAGUACUUCUCCUGCAACUGGCAAUGGAGAUGUUGAUCUGGACAAUCGAUACACAGCGAGCUACUACGAUACAUCACUGAUGGAGGCCACCUCGACGACACUGGACAAAGAUUCAAGGAAAAUAGCUCGGAACCCCGGAAUGCUGGCUGCUGUGACGAUUCAGUACCUACCUACAAUUUGUCUUGCAUCAGCUGCUCAGGCCAUGGUGUUUCCCGGAGUAGCCCUCGCCCUCGAUGGUUCUUCGUUUUCCUCCCUUCUGUCAUGGACAUCUGCGCUUGCCUUUGCGCUUUAUCUUGGCAAUUUCACAGCACGAUUGUCAACAAUUCCAUUUCGACUUGGAAACCACAGGGUUGUUUUGAUUCUAUUAGCCUGGAUGGUGGCCUUGUUGUUGGCAGACUCUAUCUUUUUCCUUGGUUCUAGUUGGGUUGUGCUUGGUGUGGCCCUUAUUUCCGGCUUGUUAGGGGGUCCAGUGUACAUUGAGGUGUUCGACGGCGUACUGAAGGCAGUUUGUGACCAUUCGGACUGCUUAUUGAAUCUUGGUAUCGUCAGUGCCGGUGACACAAUGGGCAGUCUGUUAGGCGGGUUGGUUGGAUUGCUAUGGGAGGCGGCAAUUUGCAGUAUGACUGUAGAUGCAGGGAGGUUCUGCCACAGAGCCCGUUGGAAUCGAGACUACAGUCUGUAACUGGCUGGGCAUGUGGUUGACUUUGUUUCAACCGCUUGGUAGGGGUUCUCCCUCAUGAGUGUUGUUAUUAGCACAAGUACAAUAGAUGUAAGCGACAACGAUCCAGCCAUACUUGAACAACGCGACGGUGUGUUGGAUAGAACAAGCACGACACCAUCCAAUACAAUUGAUGCGGAAGACGAAAACAAAACUGCAUGUUUGUAUUUUAAAUAGGGGUUGUCUCGUAGCCUACUCCAAUUGUGUGCAUUGAACACUGUUACAUGCAGCUAUUCUAAAAAGUGAAGUCAUACAACUCCUACACUAAACCCCGCAACUGAAUAGUACGCUAGACACGUGGCCAACUGUGCUGUUCCCUGACGGAGUAGCACCAGUUACGUACCAGACAUUGCCCGUGGAGCGAGCGACCGACGAGGCGGAUCCAAGCAGGGGCGAGGUGGCAGCCACGAACUUCCCUCCAAGCAGCAGGUCAAUCCCAAUGACCUCCCGAGGGCCGUUGGUGGCGACGUACGCCCAUCUACCGUCUCCCGAGAGGGCAAAGUCGUCGCCAAAGGUGAUGCCGGAGGCAAGCGUCUCGACAGGGCCAAGUGCUUCUCCGCUUGCUAGAGAUAUCGGCACCCUGGCAAAACGGCCCUGGUCUAGGCUCACGAAAUAGAGGUAGUUAUCGCGGAUCCGAAUGCCAUUCACCCCGAUCCCCAGGCCUGUGGUCAGGGGAGCCAUUUCGGGCUCUUGGACGGCCGUUUCGUAGACGGCCGUGUCAACGUUCAGGCGUAUGACUGUACCCCGAGAGGAAUCCGAGAUGAGGAGCCUCUUGGUGUCGUUGGUGGAGAGGCGAGCCAUGCCGUUGAGUUGCAGAGCCGAGGGUAUUCGGGUAACCAAAGAGACUGAAGCCGUCUGGAGGAUGGUACCGUUCCGGAAGGCCUGGAAGUUGCGAAGGUCGACCUUCCACACCCCGUUCGAGUUUUCUGUCGACGUGAGGUUGGAACCAACGACGUAGAAGAUGUCCUUCUCAAGCUCAGCAAUCCCCAGGAGACCUGUUACACCGGAAAUCCGAGCAACCGGGAUCGGCGGGUGUUCUCUAUCAGGCGACAACCCGAACAGAGUCGACGAAGCGACGGAGGUAACCAGGAGGUCACCAUUGUUGCGGACUGCGAUAUUCUCUAGCGACUGGGUUUCCGGAAUGACUUGCAAGGUUGUGACGCUGGUUCCGUUUUCGUGGCUAAUGGGAGUCGACAGAGCCGGGGGCAAGAAGCAAAUGGCCAACAGCCCGAAUACACGAUGGGCGGACAGCUCAAAGAACAUCAUGUGGACUAUGGCGAAACAUGAAGAAUAGGAAUGGAGACAUG